CCUAACUCCAGGAGCGAGAUGGAGGCGCUCGCCUGGCUCCUUCCCCCGCUCGUCCUGCUGUGCGCCCAGCAGCACAGAUACACCAGAGCAAUGAAUGACAUUGGAGAUUACAUAGGUUCUAAUGUUGAAAUAUCCUGGCUCCCCAAUCUGGAUGAUCUAAUGGAAGGCUAUGCCCGGAAUUUCAGGCCUGGUAUUGGAGGUCCUCCUGUGAAUGUGGCUCUCGCCCUUGAGGUCGCCAGCAUUGACCACAUAUCAGAAGCUAACAUGGAGUAUACCAUGACCGUGUUCUUGCAUCAGAGUUGGCGAGAUGGCCGAUUGUCUUACAACCACACCAAUGAAACCCUGGGUUUAGACAGCCGCUUUGUGGACAAGCUCUGGCUCCCAGAUACUUUCAUUGUCAAUGCCAAAUCAGCCUGGUUCCAUGAUGUAACAGUGGAAAACAAGCUUAUACGGCUGCAGCCCAAUGGGGUGAUUCUAUACAGUAUCAGAAUCACCUCCACUGUGGCCUGUGACAUGGAUCUCUCCAAAUAUCCCAUGGAUGAGCAGGAGUGUAUGCUAGACCUGGAAAGCUAUGGCUACUCUUCAGAGGAUAUUGUGUACUACUGGUCAGAAAACCAGGAGCAAAUUCACGGCUUAGACAAGCUCCAGUUGGCACAGUUCACCAUCACCAACUACCAGUUCACCACCGAGCUAAUGAACUUCAAAUCUGCAGGGCAGUUUCCCAGACUCAGUCUACACUUUAACUUGCGGAGGAACCGAGGCGUCUACAUCAUCCAGUCCUACAUGCCUUCCAUCCUUCUGGUUGCCAUGUCCUGGGUUUCCUUCUGGAUCAGUCAGUCUGCUGUACCUGCUAGAGUGUCACUAGGUAUCACCACAGUGUUGACAAUGACCACACUGAUGGUGAGCGCUCGCUCUUCCCUCCCUCGAGCAUCAGCCAUCAAAGCACUGGAUGUGUACUUCUGGAUCUGCUACGUGUUUGUGUUUGCUGCACUGGUGGAGUAUGCCUUUGCCCACUUCAAUGCAGAUUAUAUGAAGAAGCAAAAGGCCAAGCUGAAGGUCACCAAGCAGAGCAGUGAGGUCAAUGUGAAGAAUGCCAUUGUGCUCUUCUCCCUCUCGGCUGCCGGUAUCAAUCAGGAGCUGGCCAUUUCCCAUCGCCAGCACAGAAUCCCAGGCAACCUCAUGGGCUCUUACCGUUCAGUGGAAGUGGAGACAGGGGAGAUGAAGAAGCAGGAGGGAACCACAGCUGGAAAAAAGGGAGGCUUGAGGUCAUUUUUCAAGCCCAUCGAUGCUGAUACCAUAGAUGUCUAUGCCAGAGCAGUGUUCCCAGCAGCCUUUGCUGCUGUCAAUGUUAUCUACUGGGUGGCGUACACCAUGUAAAAGCAGCCACACAUACACAAACAUACCA